UUCACUACUUGGAAAGUCAAAAAGGUUGAAGAAGUUGGUAAUGGCGUCAGUGACUGCGACAAUAAGCACUCAUCCAAAAGAGAGAAACGCAUCGCACGAAAAUCCUGUAUCUCGUGCGGGUAAGGAACAAUAUCCUAUUAAUUAGUAACCGGUCUAUUCUAUUGAUCUAUUCCCCCUCCUCCCAAAUCCUAAAACGUGAAGAAAAUGCUGCGUUAGGAGGCAGCCAGGGGUUAGGUAAGGAGCCGCUCCAUACUUCUUAAGCUCAGAAUCAGCGAAUACAGGAGGUAGAUAGAGAGAGCGAGGAAAAAUGGAUCCAAAAGAGGUUGAAAUUCCAGGGAAUUCUGACCCAAACCAACCCGGUGGUCGAAUAUCUCAUUUGGCUCUGGAUAUCGGAGGUUCUCUCAUUAAGAUGGUGUAUUUCUCAACGAAUUAUGAUGUUGAUGAUGAGGUGGGGAGGUCGGGAAAGAAGAGUCUUGGGGUUUCUAGUGGUAAUAGGGACCAUCCGGUUCUCAAAGGGAGGCUCCAUUUUGUGAAAUUCCAAACCAGCAAGAUCAAUGAUUGCUUAGAGUUUAUAAAAACCAAGCAGCUACAUCUUGGUGGAUACCAGCAUCUUGAGGCUCCUCCAAUUGACAAGAUCAUAAUUAAGGCUACAGGCGGUGGGGCACACAAGUAUGCAGAUCUCUUCAAAGAAAAGCUUGGCAUCAGUCUUGACAAGGAGGAUGAAAUGAACUGUCUUGUUGGUGGAGUUAAUUUUUUACUUAAGGCAGUCCAUCAAGAAGCAUUUACAUACAUGGAUGGGCAGAAGGAGUUUGUGCAGAUUGACCAUAAUGAUUUGUACCCGUACCUCCUUGUUAACAUUGGGUCUGGUGUCAGCAUGCUCAAGGUGGAUGGAGACGGGAAGUUUGAGCGUGUGAGUGGAACAAAUGUUGGCGGUGGCACUUUUUGGGGUUUGGGAAGGCUCUUAACGAAUUGCAAGAGUUUUGACGAGUUGCUGGAAUUAAGCCAUCGGGGAAAUAAUAGAGUCAUAGACAUGCUUGUUGGGGACAUCUAUGGUGGAAUGGACUAUUCAAAGGUUGGCCUUUCAUCAACAGCUAUUGCUUCUAGCUUUGGCAAGGCAAUUUCUGAUAAUAAAGAACUUGAAGAUUACAGACCUGAGGAUCUUGCCCGGUCACUUUUAAGAAUGAUUUCAAAUAACAUUGGACAGAUCUCCUACUUGAAUGCACUCCGAUUUGGGCUCAAGCGGAUAUUUUUUGGAGGAUUUUUUAUUCAGGGUCAUACUUAUGCCAUGGACACAAUUUCCGUUGCGGUUCACUUUUGGUCUAAAGGGGAGGCUAAAGCAAUGUUUUCGCGGCAUGAAGGAUUUCUUGGAGCAUUGGGUGCCUUCAGGAGCUAUGAUAAGCAUGGUCCUGAUGACUCGCUGGUCCAUCAGUCAAUGCGGCCAUUCCCAUUCACUUCUUUCCUUGCAGGAGAUAAGAUAUGUAGCCCACCAAAUGGGGAAUUGAAUGAGACUGAAAGUGUAGACUGUAGUGUCUAUGCAUCUUAAGUUUGCAGCGGUUUCUUCUAUAGGGCACAUAGAUACAGGACGCCGGACAAGGCAAUGCUUGGUUGCCUGGGUGCACUCUCAGUGAGUCGAAGAAUUUAAAAUUUGUGUAAUGUGUGUAACAACAGUAACAUAGCAAAAAAUAUUGUAGGAAGAAUAUCUGAAAAGGAAAAUUAAGUGGAAAGAGUGAGAGACCGAGAGAAUAACAACCCAUAACUCAUCUGUGUCUAGAUUUUGUAAUAUUCCAACAUAUUGUAACUUUUGAUACUUAACAAAAUGAAUAUCUUACUGUAACUGUAGAGUUAUUUUCCAAUUUAACAUCAACCUUUGUCUC